UCUCAAGUACAUUCACUUAGAGUUUUGUUUAUAAUUUCAGCGACCUCAGUUACAAUAAAGAUAUGAUGUGUGGAUGUCACCUGCCAGCCUUGGUAAAUUAUACUAAAUCAAAAUUCAGCAGAACUGUGCAUGUCCUAGGCGAGUGUCAGACAGAUCCAGGCAAUAACCAAAGCAAAAUUAUACCUAUAAUGAAAUACACGCAAUGUCAAAAUUACUCGUUAUUUCAACGCAAUUUGCAGUGUCAAACAUGUUCAGGUUUUACGGGCAAGGAAUCAGAAGUGACAAACUGUAUAGGCGAUGAGCCUGUAUGUGAAAAUAAGAUAACGAUGAAUGGUGUUACACUGGAGUUUGAAAAGUCCUGCAGCACAUACAGAAAAUGUCUUGCAGCUCAGAGAAACAAUACCUUUACAUGCAAUAAAUGGACCAGUGGCGCUUCUUGUGUUAGUUGUUGCACCGGAAACCUAUGUAACAGGAACUAUUCCAUUGGUAAGCGAUGUUUAUUUUCUUAUAUAAGAUAACCUGAUUUAUUAGAC